GGCUGAGGCAGAGACCCACGUUAACUCCAAGAGCCUGGCGCUGCGUGUGGAGAAGAAGAUCGCCAGCAAGAUGUCCACCAAGCGCGUGGCCAACAUGUUCAUCGACGACACCAUGGGCGGGGUGCUGGACAGCCUGUCGGGGCUGCUCCGCCAGUACACGGGCAACAAGAAGGACGCCGACAAGAUCAUCAAGAACAUCAUCAAGGUGACCAUCAAGAUUGGCAUCCUGCACCGCAACGAGCAGUUCAACCAAGAGGAGCUGGCCCUCGCCGAGAGCUUCCGCAAGAAGUUCCGCACAUUGAUCAUGACCUUCGUCAGCUUCUAUGAGGUGGACUUCAGCUACGACCGGCCCUACCUGACGGAGCUCCUGGACACCUGUGCCCUGAUGCUGACCCGUUUAGUCGAGCGCCACCUGCGGGACAAGUCGAUUGGCCGCAUCGACCACGUCUUCAAGUUUUUCUCGAACAGUGCCUUCAUGGAGACAGUCUUUACCCCGGACACGCCCCUAAAAGGCCACCUGGACAAAAUCAUAGUGGGGCUCAAUAAACUAUUAGAGGCCGGCCACAUCUGACUUUUUUUUAUUAUUUUUUUAUCUGGAAAGGGAACUUGUCUGCCUGUUCCCACUCUUUUUGUUGUACACAACAGACGUACAAUGUACGUGAACAUGCGCAUACAUGGGACUGAAAUUGACAACUCUCCACCGAGGCUCUGCAAAUUUAAUUUCGCGGUGUAAAUGAUUUUAGCGUGAUUACAACAACUCCAACUUUUAAAUGCUUUGAUUUUGUGAAGUGUUUUUUGGGGGGUUCGUGUGUAUUUGUACAUAUCUGUCAUUUGGGCACAUGAGGAUUUCAGUGCAAUGUCAUUACUCCUCAUUUGCCAUGGUCCUCGUUGCACGUGCAGUUCUGACAGUGGUAGCCACAAAAUUGCCUCCGAUUGUGCACAGGUAAGCGUUACAACAAUCACGAAAUGUAUCCACACACAAUCAUAGUUUUUAUACAAAA